AUGUCGUCCGAAGCGGCUGGAAAUUUGCCUGGGCCUAGCGCAGACCGUGACUAUUCGUGGGUCACGUAUCGAAGGGGCAGCGAAAGGUACAACAACAAAAGUGACUCUGUGCUGAACAUGAUGGCUCCGUUUUUGAACACGAUGGUACGGAUGGAAGCCAAGAUGGACGACUAUCCCCAAAAGGUCGACCAGUUGCCCCAGAAAAUGCUUGACACAUCCACGCCGGACAAGUUGGAUGGCAUCAUGGAGAAGGUCGAGCAGAUGUCACAGAAGAUGAUUGACACAUCCAUGCCGGACAAGUUGGAUGGCAUCAUACAGAAGGUCGACCAGUUGCCCCAGAAAAUGCUUGACACAUCCACGCCGGACAAGUUGGAUGGCAUCAUGGAGAAGGUCGAGCAGAUGUCACAGAAGAUGAUUGACACAUCCAUGCCGGAUAAGGUGGAUGGCAUCAUACAGAAGGUCGGCCAGUUGCUCGAGAAAAUGCUUGACACAUCCACGCCGGACAAGUUGGGUGGCAUCAUGGAGAAGGUCGAGCAGAUGUCACAGAAGAUGAUUGACACGUCCAUGCCGGACAAGUUGGAUGGCAUCAUACAGAAGGUCGACCAGUUGCCCCAGCAAAUGCUUGACACAUCCACGCCGGACAAGUUGGAGGAGAUCAUGCAGAAGGUCGAGCAGAUGUCACAGAAGAUGACUGACACAUCCAUGCCGGACAAGUUGGAUGGCAUCAUACAGAAGAUCGGCCAGUUGCUCGAGAAAAUGCUUGACACAUCCAUGCCGGACAAGUUGGAUGGCAUCAUGCAGAAGAUCGAGCAGAUGUCACAGGAGAUGAUUGACACAUCCAUGAGGGACAAGUUGGAUGGCAUCAUGGAGAGGGUCGAGCAGAUGUCACAGAAGAUGAUUGACACAUCCAUGCCGGACAAGUUGGAUGGCAUCAUGGAGAAGGUCGAGCAGAUGUCACAGGAGAUGAUUGACACAUCCAUGAGGGACAAGUUGCAUGGCAUCAUGGAGAAGGUCGAGCAGAUAUCACAGAAGAUGAUCGACACAUCCAUGCCGGACAAGUUGGAUGGCAUCAUACAGAAGGUCGACCAGUUGGCCCAUCAAAUGCUUGACACAUCCACGCCGGACAAUUUGGAUGGCAUCAUGGAGAAGGUCGAGCAGAUGUUACAGAAGAUGAUUGACACAUCCAUGCCGGACAAGUUGGAUGGCAUCAUACAGAAGGUCGACCAGUUGCCCCAGCAAAUGCUUGACACAUCCACGCCGGACAAGUUGGAGGAGAUCAUGCAGAAGGUCGAGCAGAUGUCACAGAAGAUGACUGACACAUCCAUGCCGGACAAGUUGGAUGGCAUCAUACAGAAGAUCGGCCAGUUGCUCGAGAAAAUGCUUGACACAUCCAUGCCGGACAAGUUGGAUGGCAUCAUGCAGAAGAUCGAGCAGAUGUCACAGGAGAUGAUUGACACAUCCAUGAGGGACAAGUUGGAUGGCAUCAUGGCGAAGGUCGAGCAGAUGUCACAGAAGAUGAUUGACACAUCCAUGCCGGACAAGUUGGAUGGCAUCAUGGAGAAGGUCGAGCAGAUGUCACAGAAGAUGAUUGACACAUCCAUGCCGGACAAGUUGGAUGGCAUCAUACAGAAGGUCGACCAGUUGCCCCAGAAAAUGCUUGACACAUCCACGCCGGACAAGUUGGAUGGCAUCAUACAGAAGGUCGACCAGUUGGCCCAUAAAAUGCUUGACACAUCCACGCCGGACAAGUUGGAUGGCAUCAUGGAGAAGGUCGAGCAGAUGUGA